UUAAAUAUAUUUUGAAUAAAAAAUUGAUAAAAAUGUGGGAAAGCAAAAAUAAUACAUCAAUGAACAAUGGUGGAUAUAUGGAUGAAUCAUAUUCAGUCCCAACUCCAGCAGUUGAGAAUAGAAGAACAGAAAGUAAUUGUAUUAUACCAGUUACAGUAAAACAAUUGUACAAAGGUACACCUGAUAAAUUUACUGUUGGUGGUCAUCCAGCUAAACAUGUAUGUAUUUAUGCAGUUGUUCGUAAAAUUGAUAUUGUUGCAACAAAAAUAUCAUAUGAAAUUGAGGAUCAAACAGGAAAAAUAACAGCAAUACGUUGGCUUGAAGUUGAAGACAGAGAUGAUAGUAUUCAAGUUAAUAAAUAUGUCAGAAUAAUUGGAAUAGUACGUGAACAAGCUGAUCUUGGUCGUCAUUUGUUUAUAUUAUGUAUGGAACCAGUAAACAAACUUUGUCAAGUUUAUUCACAUUUAUUAGAAAUAACAGAUUUAGCACUUAGUGAAGAUAAACGUGCAGAAAAUGGUACAGAAAAUGUAAAUGGUCAUGGUGAUGUUGUUAUUCAUGGACUUGGUAAAUAUCCUUCAAUUGUUUUACAAAUUAUUCGUGAUUGUUCUGAUGGAGAUGGUAUUGAAAAAAAUGAUCUUCUAUCAAAAUUACCAAAUGAUAUUACUGCUCCACAAGUUGAUGAAAUACUUGAAUCAUUGACUUCUGAAGGGCAUAUUUAUACAACUUGUACUGAUGAUUAUUACAAAGCAACAUAA